CCCGCCGCGGCCGCCGGCCCGAGUAGCCCCGGGAGGGGAGUCGCGGCCAACUCGGGCGCCUUCCGCCCUCCGCCCCGCCGGGAGCCGGCGCUGCGCGAAGGGCUCUCCCCGCGGCUCAUGCUGCCGGCCCUGCGCCUGCCCAGCCUCGGGUGAGCCGCCUCCGGAGGGACGGGGGAGCGCGGCGGCGCCGCGGGCUCGGCGUGCUCGCCUCCGGGGACGCGGACGAAGGCAUGGAGCGCGGCCCCAGCCUGGGGGUCACCCUCUACGCCCUGGUGGUGGUCCUGGGGCUGCGGGCGGCGCCGGCCGGCGGCCAGCACUACCUCCACAUCCGCCCGGCGCCCAGCGACAACCUGCCCCUGGUGGACCUCAUCGAACACCCGGACCCUAUCUUUGACCCCAAGGAGAAGGAUCUGAACGAGACGCUGCUGCGCUCGCUGCUCGGGGGCCACUACGACCCGGGCUUCAUGGCCACCUCGCCCCCCGAGGACCGGCCCGGCGGGGGCGGGGGGCCGGCCGGGGGCGUCGAGGACCUGGCGGAGCUGGACCAGCUGCUGCGGCAGCGGCCGUCGGGGGCCAUGCCGAGCGAGAUCAAAGGGCUGGAGUUCUCCGAGGGCUUGGCCCAGGGCAAGAAGCAGCGCCUGAGCAAGAAGCUGCGGAGGAGGCUGCAGAUGUGGCUGUGGUCGCAGACCUUCUGCCCCGUGCUGUACGCGUGGAACGACCUGGGCAGCCGCUUCUGGCCGCGCUACGUGAAGGUGGGCAGCUGCUUCAGCAAGCGCUCGUGCUCCGUGCCCGAGGGCAUGGUGUGCAAGCCGUCCAAGUCCGUGCACCUCACGGUGCUGCGGUGGCGCUGUCAGCGGCGCGGGGGCCAGCGCUGCGGCUGGAUUCCCAUCCAGUACCCCAUCAUUUCCGAGUGCAAGUGCUCGUGCUAGAACUCGGGGGCCCCCUGCCCGCACCCGGACACUUGACGGAUCCCCACUGACGCCCCCUGCGCCGCCUCCAACCAGUUCCACCACCCUCUAGCGAGGGUUUUCCAAUGAACUUUUUUUUUUUUUUUUUUUUUUUUGGCUACAGAGACCUAGCUUUCUGGUUCAUGUAAUGCACUGUUUAACUGUGUAGGAAUGUAUAUGUGUGUGUAUAUACGGUCUCAGUUUUAAUUUACUUAUUAAAAGGUCAGUAUUAUAUGUUAAAAGUUACCGGCUUCUACUGUAUUUUUAAAAAAAAAUAAGCAAAAGAAAAAAAAAGAACAGAGAAAAGAGAGACUUAUUCUGGUUGUUGCUAAUAAUGUUAACCUGCUAUUUAUAUUGCAGUGCCCUUCGCAUGGCGAAGCAGGGGGGAAAAGUUAUUUUUUUCUUAAAGUACAAAGAGACGGGGGAACUUUUGUAGAAGGACUUUUUAAAAGCUAUUUUCCAUUCUUCGGAAAGUGUUUUGGUUUUCCUUGGACCUCGAAGAAGCUAUAAGAGUUCAAUGUUAUUGUAAAUAUAAAGAACAAAUGGAAUGACUAAUCAUUGUAAAUUAAGAGUAUCUGCUAUUUAUUCUUGAUAAUAUCCCGUGUAGUAAAUGAGAGAGAAGUGCAGAGCAGGAUUAAAGAAAACCACUAAAACCGACUGCGCUCGACA